ACGUUUCUUUCACGGAUGCUUUUCAUAUAGUUGCUUUAGGAAAGCAGUCGAUAGAAAAGGAGAAUGGCGCCAAAUUUCUGUGGGUGGAAUGGCAACGAAAGGAUACUUGCCUAUGGUUCUGCCUGAGAAGGCUUGAAAUGUUUUCAAGUGUUGAGGACUCAACACAAACUGUUACAACCAAACAGAUAUUAUCAAACCGUUCCAUUAAACGUCUAGAUAAGGACGUAUCAGACCGAAUUGCAGCCGGUGAAGUCAUUUUGAGGCCUGCUUCAGUUGUUAAGGAGCUUUUGGAAAAUAGUAUCGACGCACAGGCCACUCGGAUUGAAGUUUCUUUGCUGGAUGGAGGUCUAAAGACGAUAAGGUUUAAGGAUGACGGCGAAGGAAUUCAUCCCGAUGACUUGAAUCUCUUAUGUGAAAGGUUUGCCACGAGCAAAAUGACGAAAUAUGAAGAUCUAUUGUCAAUCGGUACGUUUGGUUUUAGAGGCGAAGCUCUUGCAAGUAUUAGUUUUGUCUCCCACCUCACAGUAACGACCAUGAAGGAGAACAGUGACUUUGCACACCAAGCAUAUUUUGAAAAUGGUCGUUUGGUUCCGUCAGAUAUACUUGGUGCGUCCAAUCCCAAAAAGUGUUCAGGAGUCAAAGGCACCACUUUUAUUGUGGAGGACCUCUUUUAUAACUGUCCUUUGCGAAGAAGGAGUCUGAGUAACUCGAAGGAAGAGUAUCGUUUUAUUAUCGACCUUCUAAUGAAAUAUAGUAUUCGUUAUCCUUCUGUAUCUUUUAGCUGCAGAAGACUUGAAAACGCAAAGUACGAUUUCUUCACCCCAAGUGUCGAUUCCGAACUAGCAAGUAUUGGUAACGUUUACGGCAAGGAAUUGACAGAAGAGCUACUCGAAGUCGGCCCACUUUGUACAAGUUUUUCAUUUCAUGGUUACAUCAGCAAUGCAAAUUUCUCUUUGCGAAGACCACAAUAUCUUUUUUUUGUUAAUGGGAGAUUGAUAGAAUGGCAGUCGCUAAAAAAAGCCAUAUCCUCUUUGUAUAAUUCAUUACUUCCAAAGGGUGGUCAUCCAUUUAUUUAUAUUGAUGUGACAAUCGACCCGCAUCGUUUGGAUGUCAAUGUUCAUCCUGCAAAGCGACAGAUAUGUAUAUUAGACGAAGAAUAUAUUAUAGAAAAAUUAUUGCAUUCCAUCGAAACAAAGUUGACAAUGACUAGUUCGUCAAGAAAUUUUUACACGGUCUCAUUGCGGGACACGUCUUAUCGUGGAAGCAUAGAAUCAUUUGCGUCACAUCUUGAAAAGUAUACCUUAGACUGUCAAAGUCUCUCCGAAAGAAAGCGUGGUGAAAGCAGUAGAAGUGAAGGUUCCAAUUUUGGUAGUGAAUUGCAUGCCGCUGUUCAACCUAGUUUGAGUGGGACACCUUCAAAGGAAAGACGACCAUAUAAAAAGGUUCGGACAAGUAUCCUCCAGUCCAGUUCUAGUCUUGACUCUUUUUUGGCUACGAAAGCUAGUUCUGGUACCAACUUAGCAAGUGAAGAUAAAGUUGUUCAGGAAGGGUCACCAACGCAGAAUGAUGCCUCUACUCUUCCACAGUCAAACAGUUCAGAUAAUUUUUUUUCUAAUGAUGUCGAACUCGAUUUAGCAGUUGACGAGGAUGUCUUUCACAAAUGGAACAGAAAAUCUUUAGUAUUCUUUUUAAGAGAACGCGUGGAAUUACUUGAGAAAGACUGUAAUGCUGGCCUCAAGAAAAUGCUGAACGAGUCUUGUUUUAUAGGAAGCGUUGACGAAGAUCAUAUCCUAGUACAAUACCAGACAAAAUUGUUUUGGUUAAACUUGACACAUUUAUCAAAACGGAUGCUUUUUCAAAAGAGCCUGAAAAUGAUUCAACGCUUCGAUUCUGUCUUUAUUCCGAAGAUAUCGGUGUUUCAAUCCGUUCUCAGGCACAUAAACAAUCCUAUUGAGAAAUAUGAGCUGCAACAGGAACACCACUAUGAAAUAGUGAAGGAGGUUUGUAAUGUGCUUUCAAAAUACCGCAAUCUUCUUCAUGAAUACUUUGCCAUAACUUUUGAAGGAAAUCAGCUCUCGAACUUUUCGUUGAUCAGAAUGCCUCGUUUAAGCGAAGAAUUCUCAUUUCAACAACACCUCAUUGGCGAGUUCUUGUUUCGUCUUGGUGGAGAAACAAGAUGGCAUGACCUGGAAUUCUUUCUAGAGGAUGUUUGUACUUCACUCUCCUGUCUGUUUUCUUGUUGGUCCAAAUGUAACGAAGAUGCAGUUGAAGAACCCAUGCGUAACUUAUCUACUCUAGAGACUAGCGACAGAAAACGACAACAUGCUCUAUUUGAGACUUUGCGGAAUAACUUCGACCCUCCCAAGGAUUGUUCGACAAACGGAGAUGUUAUUGAAAUAACAUCCCUGGAAAGACUAUAUAGAGUUUUUGAAAGAUGCUAACUUUAUCUUGUAUAAAUUCUAUGAAACUCAGCGAGUCAAUUUUCCACCGAAAUAUUUUAUCAAUGUCUCUAUUUUUAUACAGCGAGCGAGGUUGUAUGCAAACUUGUUACUAAGCGGUUUUUCCAUAACAGACACAUUUUUAUGAAUCUUGAUUCUAUUGGGAACUCGAGAAUUUGGUUCCUUACUUGUUUUUGGAUAUGAAGUAACUAGUUUUGAUGUUACUCCUGUCCUUGGUUGUUUAACUGUUUUGCAAAAACCAUUCUCUGAGUAGACAAAUAAAGUUGAGCCAAAUGACCCGUGAAAGAAUUGAUACAAAAUAAGCGCUAUAGCUUCACCACUAUGCCAAAAAUUUUGAGGAAACUAUUGUGUUUGUGGAUAUUUUCCAAAAAUAGAAGACUAUUCCCAUUUCUAAGAAGAAGUGAUCAAUGAACCAGAGCAAAUAGCCCUUGCAAAGGAAUACGAAAUCAAGAGUUUAGAGCUGUUACCUUUCCCGCACUAUCACUGUCUUCUUAAACAAUAUGCUACUAUGCCUCCAGAAAGUGCUAAUAACGGAAUCCGCAAUAUGCCUUUUUCCUUGUAUGUGUGCUAACAAGAUCAAAAGACUGUAUCAAAUAACAGUCACGAUUCUAAAGAAAAGAAGCAUUCUUAUCGAUAUCAUGCAAUGACUUUUCAUCAUACUUCUGGGGUUAGGGGGAGUCGU